UGUGACUACAAUAGAGUGUUAAACCGAGAAAUAAUGGGAUGAAGAAAAAUAGAAGAGAAAAUGGCAGUUCCACUCCGCUUGGCUUCUUCACGCUUUUUCUUCCCUAAACCCCUUCACAUCUUCUCAUUCUCAUUUUCAUUCUCCACCUCCUCACCAUCACCACCUCCUAUCCGAGUCUCCCUCACGGACUCAGUGGGUCGCGCGGUCUUCGCAACUCGCCCAAUCCCAUCCGGCUAUCUCAUCCACACCGCCCAGCCCGCCGUCUGCCACCCUUCACCUUCCGCCCUUCACCCAGUCUGCUACUCCUGCCUCUCCACACUCUCUCAACGCUCCCCCUUUUGUUCUCACCAUUGCCACCAACGCUCUAAGGAAUAUUAUGAUGUUGAGAUGAAAGCAAAUUGGGAGGAUUUUGAUGACUAUUGCCGGAACCGUGGUUUGAAAUAUCCCUUUUUGGUAAAGCGGUUGGCUUGCAUGAUCAUAUCAGGAGUUGCCAAAAGUGACAGUCUUGACAUUCUUCAACCUGCCACUUUGACACCCGAGAUGAUUUUUGAGAUGGAAGAGGGGUUCACCUUGCUAAGGAAUGCCUUCACAAAGACACUUGUUUCGGAUGAACAAAUUGCUUUUUUAACCAAGCAAUGGUACAUUAGUGUUUUGGCACGAAUUCGAAUCAACGCAUUUCGCAUUGAGCUGGCUAGUGGAUCAUAUGAAGAUCUUCUUUCUUCAGCAUUUGCAUCUGUAGAAGCUGAAACUGCUGUUGGAAAUGCUGUCUAUAUACUUCCUUCCUUCUACAAUCAUGAUUGUGAUCCUAAUGCACACAUUAUAUGGAUAGAUAGUGCAGAGGCAAAAUUGAAGGCCCUCCGUGACAUUGAUGAAGGUGAAGAAAUGAGAAUCUGCUAUAUUGAUGCGAGUCUGAACCGCGAUGCUCGGCGAGAACUAUUGUUUCGAGGUUUUGGUUUUCAAUGCAAUUGCAGUAGGUGCUUGCAUGGUGAUUAGCUAUUCUUCUCUAGAAAAACUUUCCUAGGUUUUGCAAUAUUAAGUGGUGUUGGAAACAGGCUACGAUGUAGAACUGCUCAAAUUUUGGGCUUAAUUUAUAUAUAUAUAUAUAUAUAUAUAUAUAUAUAUAUAUAUAUAUAUAUAUUGUCAAGGUAAAACCCUUACUUUA